AUGGCCAAUCCAAUAGUGCCGCCCGUCAAUGGGGCGAGGAUGGCCGAACCGGAGACUGCAAUGCCUUGUCCAACCCUACACAACUCCCAGACGCAAAGAAUCGUCGAGAUUGGACGAAGACACACGUAUUACGCGAACGAAAGGGGUGAACGUAUCAACCUCGUCGCCUUGCAUCGCAUGAACAUGCAGUAUCUGCGUAUGCGGCUGCUGGACGAAGCCGUUGACAUGUUUAAGCGAGGUGACAUGGACGACGACAACUCAAAGAGGGUGACAUCCUUGAUGCAAGAUUACUGUACUGCAGUGCGAGACCGCGAAUACAUGCGCGAGUGGGCUCAGAGAGACUGGCCUGGCAAUCCCUUUCAUCUCAAGUCCGAACGGCCCCUGGAACGCGGGCUAAUCGACACCCUCAAAGCGCGCGGCAUCGACCCGAUCCCCAUGCACCACCCGUACAAGUCCGACGACGGCCCGGAGCAGAUGCCCGGCGGGCCGUGGGACUUUGACUCGAGGACCAAGACCCGUUUUCUUCAGUACUCGCUGGCCAUCACUGGCGCCGUCAUCCUCACGGUUCCCAUGAUAACCAUGGUCCUGAUCGGCAGGACGGACGCGAGUCUAGCCAUAGUCUGCGUAUUCACCAUUCUCUUUGCCGUCGGGCUCUCGUAUUUUUCCCCGAGCAGACUGCCGAUCGAACUCCUCAGCGCAACGGCCGCUUAUGCUGCCGUCUUGGUGGUUUUCGUUGGAGGCGCUGCCACCCAGGGAUGA